AUGUUCCUGAGCCGGCUACGCGAUCUUGUAGUCCAAUGCCUGGAUGUUUGGAGCCAUCAGCCGGCAUUUGUCAAGCUGAAACAUGUGGUGAGAAGGGAGAAAAGAGCCAACAUACAAGCUGGGAAAUUGAUUGCAGCUUACCAGGACAACUACGAUCGCCUCAGGUCUACAAAGAGUAGCCAUGGAAAGAAAAGCGUGUGGGAUACAAUUAUGGAAGAUUUUCUGAGUUUAUGCGGCGACGCUGGAAUAGAAACUGAGAAAACAUUAGCCCAAGUCAAAGAGAAAUUGUUCGACAAAUACAAAGCUGUCAAAGAUGACAAGAACAAAACGGUAAGGGAUCGUAGGACCUCUGAGUUUUAUGAUGGGAUCGAUGAGUUCAUGUCAGGGUCCGACAAAGUAAACCUGAAAUUUGUCAAGGAAACGCGAGUAAUGCAAGUGAGGCCAAAGGAUUCCCCGACAAGUUCCGAUAGUGGGAGCAGUGACGCGUCAGCUACUGUCACUAUUGCUGAUCCAACAACGGCCGCUGUUGGGGAAAAGCCAAAUGAGAAAGAUGAUUCACCCUGUCGACCAAAAAAGGAGAAGAAGAGAGCAAGCCUUGAAGGAAAGGAGGCAGAAAGUACCAUUCUCAAUCUCAUGGAGGCACGACAAGCAGCCAUCGAGAAAGCAGACGAGAAAGACGAACGGAUGUUCAAGGCUUUGUUAAAAUCCCAAAGCGACUAUCAACAAAGACACCAGGAAUUUACUCUUUCUGUCCUGGGAAAACUGGGUGACAUUUUCUCUUCGAAAAAAAAUCAUAAAUGUUUUCUUAACGGUAUACAUAUCUACAAAAGCAAUUGCUCAAGUUAUAGUUUUCAGUUUUAUAGAUAGGUAUAAACAAACGGACCGAGCGUGAAUUUUAAACCAUUUUAUACACAAUACAACAGAGGAAUGUUCACGUUUUUUUAUUGAUAGAUUUAAGUUUUACAAGGAAAUUUCAUGUGAUAUUAUUGACUCACAUCAUUUUUUAAAUGCUGCCCUUAGGUAUGGCCAUGUUACAGUUUUGCGUCAGUUAUAGUACAGAACAUUCACGAAAACUUGAAAGCUUGUAUGAUUAUUAUUAAACCUGUAAAUUCAGAAAUAUAAAUUUUAAUAAAAAUAGAGUUUUAUAGUCAAACGUUGUGAUUUAAUGGGGAGUAAAGCGUAAUCAAGGGAAGUAUUUAAAAUCUCCAAGGCGUGUUUAUUCUUCAAGUGGAAAUUCUAAAAGACAACCAACAGAAACAAAGUCUAAAAAACGGCUCCUCUCCAAACAGUUUUUUCUGGCGGCUGUUUAUGAAGUGUUUACUUUGGAAGGCCUUUACACUAGUGUACAUACCUAACUUACGGAACCAAAGGCAUUACAGAAAAAGAAACCAAAUUAUUGAUUUGCUACAAAUUCAAUUACAGCCAGUUGAACACCGCUUGCAGCCUGGCUGGGAACUCAAUUGUCAUCAUCAUCGUCAUCAUCGCUAUCAUCGUUAACAUCUCCAUCGAAUUUGGCCCCUCGAAUAAUGCAAAUGUUGUGAAGUGCACAGCAUGCUAUGAUCGUGUUUGGGGUUCUCCAAUGAUCCUCGUCCAAGCGCUUGAGAAGUGCUCUCCAUCUACCCUUUAA